AUGAUGUCCAUCUUCCCCGCCACCUUUUACGACUACACCCCUGCGGUCGAGGCCAGCUUCACGCCUCUCUUCCGUCUUCUCGACGACUUUGAUGCCUACACUCGACAGAUGCAACGUGCUGCAGCACCAAACUGCUGUCCUCGCCAUCUAAUGCGGUCUCCUCGUCACAACCACACCAACAAUGCCGUCACAACCUUCAACCCCAGGUUUGACGUGUGCGAGACGGAGACCGCCUACGAGCUGCACGGCGAGCUGCCUGGCCUAGAGAGGGAGAAUGUCAGCAUUGAGUUUGUCGAUCCACAGACCUUGGUUGUGAAGGGCAGGAUUGAGAGGGGGUAUGAGGAGGGUUCUCCUGAAGGAGAGGAGGAGACCAACGAUACCAAGAGUGGCAACACUGCUGCCCAGGAGAUGGAAACUCCUCGUCGCAACUCCUUCCAAGCCACAGUCGAAGACGACCCUGAGGAUCCUCACCACACACCUGCUCCAUCUCCCAAGACUGUCCCCGCCGAUGCUGCCCCUUCUGAGGGCAACAACGCUGAGCCCAAGGAAGAGAAGGCUGUUGUCAAGAAGUCCGACUCUAAGAGAGCUGUCCAGAAGCACAACGGCACACGCUACUGGCUCUGGGAGCGGUCUGUUGGCGAGUUCCAGCGGGUGUUUGCCUUCCCCGAGCGGCUUGACCAUGAUGGCGUAACCGCACGCCUGGAAAAUGGUGUCCUGAGUGUGAAUGUGCCAAAGGCUAAGAAGGCUGGGAAAAGGAAGAUUGAAAUUCAGUGA